AUGGAGAUGGACCUGUUGCACCCUGAUCCUUUGGAGGAGGCGAAGAAGCACAAGCUCAAGCGCCUCAUUCCAAACCCCAAAUCCUUCUUCAUGGAUGUCAAGUGCCCCGGAUGUUACAGCAUUGCUACCGUCUUUUCUCACGCUCAAACUGUCGUCCUUUGCGGGAGCUGCAACGUAAUGCUCUGCCAGCCGACGGGCGGCAAGUGCAAGCUGACGGAGGGCUGCUCAUUUAGGAAGAAGGUUGAGUAA